AUGAACAGGAAUUUAGACAGAAGGUUGAAGAAAUCUUCACAAAUAGUGACAGGAGUAGAAGAGAACAGCGCAGAGGCAAUCUGGCAGAAAAAGAAACCUUCAAUAGCAAAGGCUAGAAGCAGCGACAGAAGAGACAUGGGAACCACAGUUCUCAUCAAAGAUAAAAAUGGAAAUAUUUUGAUGAAAGAUGAAGAUAUAAAGCAGAGGUGGAGAGAUUAUUCCACGGAUUUGUUAAAUAACGGAAACCAAUACCAAAGAACCAGUGGAAUGACCAAUACCAAACCUAGAGAUGGCCGAAUACUAGAAAGAGUAAUGGACCAGAGACUCAGAGGACAAGUUAAUAUCCAUGAAAACCAAUUUGGUAUUAUGCCGGGAAGAAGCACGGUGGAUGCCACAGAAAAGUUUUUACAGGGCAACCGUAAAUUUUAUUACUGCUUCGUGGACCUUGAGAAAGCGUGCGACAGGGUACCACGCCAAGUCGUAUAUUGGUGUCUGAGGACCAUAGCGCAAAGAAUCUCAUACGACUCAUCAAGAUGA